UUCCCUCUGGCAUGUCAGAGCCUGCAGACAGAGAGAGAGAAAGAGGGAGGGAGAGAUAAAGAGACGAGGAGGGAGUGAGCAGACUGAAGCUGAGCACUAAGCGGGCUGAGCCGCAGCACUUCUGUCCUGAGAGCUGAGGAGGAUCCAGUCUCAAGUGUCACUGAGAGCAAAGAGUCGUCAGGAGGACAAGCUGAGAGAGGAGAAGAAGAAAACAGGAUCUGUCCUCUGAGAAGUGAGGUUAUGUGGACGACAUUUUCUGAUUCCUGGAUGAUCUUUAACCUCAGAGUCUGAAACUGUUCUGGCUCAGCUGGAUAAAUCAGAAGAAGAGAAGUCUAUCAAGAACAAUGAAAAAGUCUUAAUUGACGCCUUUGUGGACUAUUUCAUUUAUUGCCCCCUCUGGACUCCUGGAGAAAAGAGGAAUAAAGAGGAGAAAGUGACGGUAGAAAGAGGAAAGAGUGUUUCAUUGUAGGAACAGCCAAAAGGGGAUGUUGCAUCCACUCAGAUGCAAAGAAAAAAAGAGAUAAAAGAAGAAGAUAAAGAGAUGAAAAUAAAGAUUGAGUGACAGAAGAAAAGCUCAACCACAAGUUUCCUGAUUUUGCUAUUUUUCCUAAUCGAGAGGAGGAAUACACAAGAGGAAUAAAACGGAAAACUAAGAGACAGAAGAGGAGGACGUUUCGAGAACUUCACUCUCUCAAGUCUGGAUAAAAAAGGAAGAAAAAGGAAAUAACUAGAGAAGGAAUAUCAGUUUGUCAGCUGAGAAAAAUCAAGGAAAAUAAUUCAUUUUCACUUUUUGGUUGGAGAUUUUAAUAAAUGAUCCUGAAAGCGAGGGAAGAAAAGAAUUAAAACUGUCUGAUUUUGCAGUUUGCUGAAGGAAAAGUCCAAGGGCCAACCAAAAGCAUCAAAAGAAGCCACAGAAACGCAGGAGCGAAGAGUCAAAAGUAAAGGAAUAAAUAGGAUCCAGAGGAAUAAAAGGGGACUAAGGAGGAAAAAGGGAGGAAAAAAGAGGACAAGGCGGUUUAAAGCAGACAAAAAAGGAUGAACCAAGAAGAAAAGGAAGGGUAAAGAGGGAAACAAGGACAAAUCAAAAGAAUAAGGACUAAAGAACAAAAGCAGAAUAAAAAAAGGAGGACUGAAGAAGAAGAAGAAGAAUCCAGUUUAAAAGGAAAAUUCAAGAGGAGAGACCCAGAAGGACCCAGGUGUGACAAUGAGGCUCCUGGUGCUUCUUGCAGCUCCUCUCUCCAUCUUCGUCCUCCACAUCGCAGCAGUGGCCCCAACGGGCAGCGUGGCCCCGGGCCGGCUGGAGCGCUGGGUCCACUCAGGCCUCCAGUCGCUGCAGUGGGACCAGCUGGACCGGUGCCUCCGCAUGUCCUCGCUGUCCGAGGCCGAGUGCAGGAGGCUCGCUCACCUGCCACUGUCCGCCGUGGCUGUCUACGUGUCGGAGCCGCGCACAGCUGCAGGUAACUCAGGCAAAGUUCUGGCCAUCCUACCAGACUCCUCAAGUGGCUCCAUGAGCUCCAAACCACGGGGAGGUUUUAGUGUCAGCCAGGUGCUGAAUGGAGGGGAUGGUUCCCACAGACACCAGCAGCCUUUCCCCGACUCCACGGCCCAUGAUGCCGUGCUGGUACUGGAUCCGAGCCCCGGGGAGAACUUUGGACACCCAGUGGUCCUCUUCUAUGUGGAUGUGAAUGUUACAAAGAAGAGAUGCUCCCACCUGGAUGGCAUUUACCUGGGUGACGAGUGUUUGACUCUGGCUUUGAAGGGUCGUUGUCAGAACCAGCUAAAGCGUCGGCAAGCCGGGCCAGAGAGACUCAUGGGUAAUGGACACAGUCGGUUGGCAGGCGGGGCACUGCGGGGUAGUACCAUUGCUUCCAGCAGUGGGAGCCGUCUGGUGGAGCGGGCCGUUGGAGGGCUCUGUGAAGUCCACUUCCUUCCACUAGUGGUCGGAGUCGGAGACAGUAACCGAACGCAGAGACUUAGAUGUGUUGACCAUGCGGAGUUUGCGAGGUGCCCUCAGCCGCUGCCGAUGGGCUCUCCCAGUUUGCCCGUCUCAAGCUGUGAGCUAAAUAAAAACACCAGACGCUGCCACCAGCAGCCGCUGGCCACUCACCUCUCCUGUCGGCUCUACCAGACCUGUGACCAUGCUGUGCUCAUCUCAGGUGGCUGGCAGCAGCAGAUGACAUUCCAGCGUCAUGUUCAGAAUCUUCAGAGGUUCUACAGGAUGCUGCAGAACAACGGCUUCCAUAAAGAUCACAUCAAGACCUUCUUUGCCAGCAGUGGACAGCUUCCUGAGGACGUAGAGGGUGUGUACUCGGCGACGGAGAAAGCAGUGAUUCGUAACCAUGUGUCGUACGUCUGCAGGAAGCAGCACUGUGCUGACACACUGGUUAUCUACCUAAACUCGCCAACACGCAACGACGGCACUAUGCUGCUGUGGGACGCCAACCUCAACGGCAUUGCUGAUCUGAAGGAGCGAUAUUCAGUCAACGAGCUGCUGGCCGACCUGGCCGGCUGCAGGGCAACUCGUGUUUUGCUGUUUGUGGAUCAGAGCUACAGCGGCGUUCUGUCAAAGAGGCUGCGGGGGUCUCAGAAACACCUCAACGUGGUUCUGAUCCAAAGCCAGACACGGCAGACCCACAACCAACAGAGAUUGAACCCUGGCAGCUGGUCCUACAUCAGCCCUGCGAGCUGCCUGCUGGACCACCUGGGAAAGGGUCCUGGGAUGUCUCGCCUCCUGGAGCCAUGGGCCGGCCUCUUAAAUGUGACAUUGGCCGGCGCCCCCUGCAAUGCCACGCCACCUCUGACGGAUGGCGAGAUGCGGCGAGAAUACCAGGGCUGCCAGAACCUGCCGACCGCGCUCUGGCACCAGAAACACAGGAGGACCAACUGAGACAGAGACACUGAGACUGACUGAGAGAGUGAGAGGCUGAGUGAGAAGCAAAUUAAUUAUGGACACACACACACACACACACACACACACACACAGACAGACUGACACAGGGCAUUUGCAUUGCACACAUGCAUAUCUGCCAGUAUAUUAACUUAGGACUUAGUGUGCUUGGUUGACUUGGUGUGUGUAUGUGUAUGUGUGUGUGUGUAUGUGUGUGUUCUGUCCUAACUCAGACAGUAACCAUGGCGAUGACAGCUCAUCCCAACAGGAGUGUCCUGAACACCAUGUGAAGCGUACGUGUGUUUGUGAGUUCAGCGGGAGGACAACCACUCUCUUACACCAGUGCUAGCUUACGCUUGGGUCAGUAUGUGUGUGCAUGUCUGUGUGUGUGUGUGUGUGUGCGUACGUGUGUGUGUGUGUGUGCUAUGCCACAUCUCCUGGGCACUUAAACAUUUCAGAGCCAAUCAUCUUUCUCUAUUUUUAUCUCUACAACAGUUACAUCUUCCUCCUUCUUUCCCUCCUCUCUUCAUUCUGUCCUUUGCUUCACCUUCUCUCAGCUCCUUGUCUUUCCUGAUCUCGUUCUCUAACCGCUUCUCUACUUUGUGUCCUUCUUGCCUCCAUCUCAUUUUUCUCCCCCUUCUCCAUUUCCCUCCCUCUCGUCUUUCUUAAAUUUCUUCUUGUGUUUCUUUUUUUUGGCAUCUGACUCCUUUCUCCAUCCAUCAGUUUUUCCUCCUCUUUAUGUCUCUUUGUUUUGACAGUGUUUGAAAAAGUUGAAUACUGGAAUAAUGUCAUCACAAGAUAUAAAAACUGACAAAACUCCAAAACAUAUUUGCACAAAAGAAAAACCUAAAUGGAAACACUACAGAUUUUUCGAGAAGAAGUUCUCACAGUUGGACAAAAAUCCUAGUCUCUAUAGCUGCACCUCACAGUUAACAGUGUACUGCAGGAUUUUCAAAAAACAAUGUCUAGACCUCUCAAUCACCACUUAUGACUCACUAGAAGUGUGUACUUUUCUACAUAGACUCCGCCCUCUGCCUGUAUUGUUCGAGACGUUCCUGGGUACAGCAGGCAAGUGAGGUUUAGACAACAUAUUCUCACUCCGACUUCGUCACAUAUUGACGUUUGGUCAUGGUCCAGAUAUGACGUGCAAGGUACCCUGGGUGCGUUGGUUGUUGACGACGAGUCAAGUUCUGCCUGUUACAUGCAUUGUCUUCUUUCAAGAUACACUUCUGUUUUCACAGGAAAUUUAACGUUUACAUACAGUCUCUUUCAAAAUAAACACACUACAUCAGUACAACACCACAAAUUAACCUUUUCUUCCUUCAACAAUAAACGCACGUGGUAAGGUUUAGGAAAAAAGAACAGGGUUUGGCUUUGUAAUCUUACGGGACACAAGCGCCGCUCUCCAGGGUGAAAGUUGGUGUUUGUUGGACCCAUCCAUCACCACUCCUGCCCGCCCUACUUGGACUUUCGCCGCCUUAACUUUAGUUCUUGUCCCGCCGCGUCUCUCCUUCGUAUCAUGCCGAUGUUACAGGAUGGAUGCCCAAGUCACUGCCCAAGUGUCGGAUUUUGACGACUUCGGAGUGAAACCAGGUUGUUCGCAACACUGAUCAUGUGUUGCAAUGUGUCAUGUGCUGCAGUGUUUCCUCUGUGUGUCACACAGUUACACUAAAGGGAACCCUGUGCGUCACUAUCGGACCCCAAGGGGCAUGACAAAGCGUUGGUAUCUGACGACCUGGGAAUGAGACAGGCUGAAUGCCCCUGUGGGUGUAGUUAUGCUCAGUAAAAUUAGGUAAGAAUCACAAGGAGAAAGCAGAUGAACCUUGGUCUACUGAACAAACAACCAGAUUUUCUAGAGAGGAAAGCUGAUACUCAACAACAUUUGUGAAUAACCUGAGUGACAGGUUUUAAAUGAAUCCUCAGUAUAACUUGAUUGACUGAACCACAUUUUUGAUAGCUGUCAUUGUUCACGUUUGCCCCGUGGUCUCUAUUGUCUAUUGUCCGACAGGAACGAUGGUCAAACUUACAAAAUAAAAUUCAGGUUGUAAAAAAAGGUAACAAACAUUUAAGCAGACUGGUGCCUGUAGUCAGUAAAUUUAUUUUGCAGAUUUCGAGAUGGAGGACCUUUUAUGCUUCUUAACCUGAGGAGGAGGGAAAGAGAGAGACACUGAGACAGAAACUGGUUGGCAGUGAUCAUGAUUAAGAUAUGAAGCACUGAGACUGCCCUCACUGCUACACAGACUGGCUAUGGCAUUUUAAUAAGGGCACAACUUGCGUGUGUGUAUGUAUGUGUGCGUGCUCAAUCACAGACAGGCAUCACAUGAAACAUGCACACGUUCUAAUAUUAACCCGUCCCUACACUAAAAACGUACAUGUGGUCCUCUACAUUUGGUGGUACUCUGUGAUGUGUGUCUGUACAUUACCUCCUGUCCUUUCUUGAUCCCAGUAACCAUGUAUACCACGGCCCAGUGUACAUCUCAUCCCCUCCCUGCUGUGUUUGUACUGAUGUCUGUUAUUGUACUGAUCUGUUUUACAUUAGAGAUUUGUUUAUUCAAGAGAUGGGAGUUGAUUGGAAGAACACCCUUCCAAAUGCGUGGGACAUUUUGGACCAGAACUGUGUCCAACAAGUUGACAUGUGCAUAUUCACAGUUUGUGUAAUGAUCUGUACAGAGUAUGAGAUGUAAUUUAGCAGAAAUGUUUCUAGUUGCAUGCAGCAAAUCACAAUCUAGUCAAUAAAGUAC